AUGGAAAUAAAUUGUAAAUUACCCCCUAGAAUAACAAUGAAUCCAUUAUAUUAUAGUAAUGGUGCUAGACCUGUUAUCUAAUACAGAAUCAAUCCAAAUGAAUAAAGAAGAUAUACGACAGAUCUUGAGGCUAUGAGAAAAUAUUCAAAAAGUUAGAAUUCAUAAAAACAAAAUGAUGAUAAGUAUUUGUGUAAUUAAUUAAUUAGUGGAAAUCAAUAGAAUAAUCCUUAGAAAUCAAUAGGAAUAGCAAGAGCUAAUACUGCAGAUAAAUAAUAAUUGGAAGAUUCAAAAAAUCAAUAUAAUUCUAAUCGAGACAAUAAGAAACCGCAGUAACCAUAAUUAUUCAAAGUGUAGAGCUAAGCAAAACCAAUCUUUGAGAAUUUUAGCAAAUAUUAAAGUUAAAAACUUAAAAACCACAGUUUUGUUACUUAACAUUAAUAGAAUGAGAAACCACACUCUUUUAAAUAGAUUGCAUAGAAAGGUCCUUCACAAAUAUCGCAUUGUAUAUAAUGACAUUAACUUAGUAUAUUAUGUGGGAGACUUAUAGAAUGCAAUUUUGAAUUAGAAAUCAUAAAGUUCAGCCUUGUUUAGAGAACAUAUAUAAUCAUCUUUCACUUACAUACCUAUUAUAAAGAAUUUAUAAAUUGAUCAAGAAUAAAUUAAAAAGAAACUCUUAAAUAUUCCAUUAAAUUUAAAUAAGAAAUGUAAAGUUUUAUAAUUUAAGUUAAGACAAUAAGACAAUAAUAUUUGAUAUGGAUGAGACUUUAAUACAUUGUAAUGAAGAUGAAAAUGAUAAAUGCUAGUUUAAAAUUGACAUCCAAUUUGAAGAUGGAGAAAUAAUAGAAGCUGGUAUAAACAUUAGAAAUUUUGCAAAGGAAAUUAUUCAAAAACUAAGUGAUUAAUGUGAAGUUAUGAUCUUUACUGCAUCUUAAGAUGUAUAUGCUAAUAAAGUAUAUAAAAAAUUAAUAAUUAGGUUAUUAAUAUUUUAGAUCCAAAUAAUAAAUUAAGUUAUAGAAUUUUUAGAGAGAGUUGUAUUUCAGUUGGUGAUAAUAAUUUAAUAAAACAUCUAGGAGUUUUAAAUAGGGAUUUGAAGAAUGUUGUUUUGAUUGAUAAUUCUUCUUAUAGUUUUGCGUAAUUAUUGAUUUUAACACAAAGUUAGACACCAUUUAGAGAAUGGGAUUCCGAUUUUACCAUAUUAUCAUGAUGAUAAAGAUAAUUAAUUGAUCAAAUUGUAUAGAUAUUUGUGCUAAAAUAUUUUACCUGUUGAUGAUGUGAGACCAGUUAUAUUGUCACAUUUCAAAUUGGAUAAAUUAAAUUAAUAUGAGAGUGUGGAAGAAGCAGUAUAAAAUUUAUAUUUUUGA